UUCGCAUUUGGAUUAAACAACUUGCUGUUGAAAUGCAAGGUUAUUGUUUCGAAAACAGCCAAUGACAGUAUGACAGUUGUGAAAAUUGUGAGGUUUUGCGCUGGGUGUGUAGAAUUAAGAGCCCUUUGCUGCUUAUACUGCACGUGUUGAUCUCAAGCUUGGUUUGAAUUCGUAUCAUCGCAAGAAAAGUACACUAAAGACGAUAAUGGCUGAGGCCAAUCAUAAUGAAUCGGCUUUAGAGGCUGAUAGGGCUAGUGAGGCAAAAGCAUUCUUUGGUAAGGUCGUCGCUCCAUUUUUCAACCACUCCUCUGGAUCUUACCUGCUGGACCCAAUGAUAGAGCAUCUUAUGAACGAUGCACAGGCAAAACAUUCGGUAAUCCCCGGAGGUCCCACUGUGCCUAUAGAAUGUGAUCGUACCCCGGUUUCAACGACUGAAGACGUUAUCAAUGCAGUCAAAAGAGCCAAGAGGGAGAAGAAAGUCCUUCGUGUCGUCGGAUCGGAACACUCCGUAAAAGCGGCCAUUUUCCCCAAGGAUGGUAUCACGCUGGUGUUGAGAAAUGACCUUCGAAAGGUAGAAAUACUGAAAACAACCGUAGAAGAAGGUAAGAAAUGGUUGUAUUGUCGUAUCGGAGGAGGCUGCUAUCUUGGCAAAGAUCCCUUGGACCCUCAUUCAAACCUCCAGAAUUCAGCUUGCUAUCAGGUGGCAGCCCAUGGGUAUGGCUUUCCUGAGCUGGGAGGAAUCAUCCAGCAGUCCAUUGGUGGCUUUAUCCUGACUGGCUCUGCUGGCGGAAGCUUAGAGCAUAGCUUUGCUGAUGUCAUCCGAGAGAUCGAGUUCGUGGACGGCAAUGCACAAGUUCAAACGGCCAAACCUGGAACUGACCUUUGGUGUGCGGUAGGUGUUUCCAUGGGACUGUUUGGUGUCAUUACUCGAGUAACUUUCCGUCUUCCACCGAUGAAGUAUAUAAAAGGGUCAGAGUCCAACCACAAGUUUGUUGAGUCCAUGCUUGGACCAAACGAGAAGGGGCAGAGCAAGCUCAAACAAAGUCUCGAAAACAACGAAUACAUGCGAGUGAACUGGUUUCCCCAAAAGGAGGUAAUGCGUGUCCAAGAGUGGGUUGGUCAGCAAUCCUUCAAAAAGAAAAAUCUUGUACCAUACAACUCCAUCUUGUCCAACAUAUUAGCAGCAGGUAUGGCAGCCAUCGUCCUGUCCGUCUGCAAUUUUAUCCUGCAAAAGAAAGAUCCAACAGAGCUGGAAUACGACCUCAUCGGUUUGAUGUUGAGUCCGUUUGUCCCCCUGAAAGGGAAACCGACUAAGUUUUACGACAUUUGGUAUCGUGCUCUGCCCAUGGACAACGAAGCCCAUGUGGACACCAUCAUCAGGGUGGACUUCACAGAGAUCUGGGUUCCAAUUGGCCAUUGUCAAACUGUGAUGGACAAACUCCAAAAGCUGUUCUCUGAGAAUCAAAAAGCGGCCAACAACUUUGCCACCGAGAUCUAUGGCGCCAAGAGCUCUCCAUUCUGGCUGAGCAUGUCAUACCAAACAGACAUGGUGCGAGUCGAUCCGUACUGGUGGGCAUACAACUUGGGCGACGCCAGGAUGUUCUUCUCGUAUUUCUGGGAUAUUCUGCUGGAUAUCCCUGGAACCCGCCUGCACUGGGGCAAGUACCUUCCGAAGCCAGGUCAAAAGUGUGGAAACACCACAUUCAAUGCGGAUUAUCUGAAGAGUGUUUACCCUAAGAUGAAUGAUUGGUUAAAGCUACGAGAACAGCAUGACCCUGACCAGGUGUUCAUGACCGAAUAUUGGCGUGGUAUCCUUGACAUAAAACCUAAGACCCAAUAAAGUGUCAUUUGAAAAAAUGGUUGGAGUACGAGGGAUCUGGACUCAUUUAAAAAUUUCGGUUUUUCGUGACUUUGUAGUCUUGACGCGAAUAUGAACUUUGAGGUCCCUUUGGUAAAAACUGUAACUGUUUGGAGUGUAAUAACCUGACAGCAUAAGUAAACAAAACACCGAUCUAGACUUAUUCAGAAUAUUUUUGUACUUUAAGGCGUUUUUUUUUUUUUUAAAGAAAUGUUUUAUUUAUAAGAUUUGAAGUCUUGAGGAGAACUCAAACUUUGAGAUGGUCGUGAAACAAAUUGUAAUUGUUCGUAAUUUAACUUUGGAGCAUACAUUACCAAACACUGAGUGCUACUUAUCUGAGCCUAAGGGUUUUGUUGUAAGGUGAGACGUUUAUGUCCUAGAUAUCCGAUCAUACCUUGUACAACUGCAGCGCUAUAAUUUUGGUUGUAAUAAAAUUUGAAACACUGACCGUUAAACAUA